ACGAAAGAUAAAUGAUUCGGCACAAAUUAUGCUUGAAACGCUCUGGUCUCUAGCUGGGCCACGCUGCCCUUUAAAAGUUGUUACGACAGGCUGAUCUGGCAGAUUAUUCUGACUGGAACAAGCCAGGUGAGAAAACAAAGUGUCAAUCAUGACGCUGUGGGUCACUUCUAAAAUUUAAAGGAAGAGAAGUAGGUACCAUGGCUCACGAGGACGACGAUGACUUGUGGACUGAGCUCUACGGGGAAGCAGCACCAUUGGAGGAGCAGAGAUCAGCUGCAGUCAGACCGGAUGUAGCAUUGCCAGCGCCUGAGAAGCCUCCUCAAGCAGCACUGCCUCCACCCCCACCUGCAGAAACUUUACAUCCACAAGAGCCUAGCGAGAAAGCUGUAGGAGUUCAGGCAGCAGAUGCGGCAUUCUCUGAGGAGGCGGCAACAGAGGGGGGAGCUGGAGCCCAGGGCGGAGAGGAAGAAGACGAUGAUGACUUGGACAUUCAGUUGGAUGGACCAGACACAGCACAGGAGCAGGCUGACAGCGAGGAUGACGAAUUUGAGGUCAUGCUCGAUGCUGACGAAGACAUUGGGGAGCCGGGAGGCAGCGCACAGCAGGCAGCAGAAUCCGCGCACAUGUAUGUGCGGCCAGGCGCGGACACUCCUCAGACUCAGCCCAGCUCGUCAGCAGGCACAGCCACGUUACGAACAGGCAGCACGGGUGCAGCCGCGGGAGGCCUUUCAGCGGAGCCUGCGAGCAUGGUACCAGGCAUGAUGUCAGCCCCAACAUCCUCUGCUAUUGUACCUGCGCCUCCCAGAGCACCUACCGGCCCGCCCCCUGUUUGGCCGCACACUCUGCAGCGCUACGUGCCGCCUCAAGGGCUGGGGGUGGAUGAGCCGGUGCUGCCGUCAAUGGGCAAGCCCGGGCAGCGGAUACGGCUGCCGGGGCAGACGCGCGUGAUGCACGACGAGUACAAGGAGUUCCUGGCCCUGGGCCAUGGCGACAUCUUUGACCUGGACCCAGAUCUGGUGCUGGAUGCACCCUGGCGCCACCCGGGCGCUGACGUGUCGGCCUUCUUCAACUACGACCACAGCAUGCGCACGUGGCGCGAGUACUGCAAGAAGGUGGAGCAGUACCGCCUGCAGUUCACCAUGCAGAAGAAGAUCCAGACUCUGGACGCUUCUGACUCCGCGAUCGACCCCGACCUGCCCCCAGAGCUCCGCGCUGCGCUGGCGGCCGAGCGCCGUGAUCAGCAGCCGGCGCCACCGCCGCGCCGACCUUACUCCGCCCAAGGUGGGGGCCGUGGACCGCGGCCGCCAUUCAGGCAGACAGAGAGCAACGCUGUGGUGCUGGCUGGCGCUAGCACACAGCAGGCCAAUGGCAGGCCUGAUGACCAGGGGAACUCUGGAUCUGGACCCAGGGUCGCCAAUGGCCAGGGGAUCAAGGUCAGGCUGUCCAGCGGCGAAGUCAAGAUCAACUUGAAGAGACCACAGGAGAAUGGGGUGAAAGGGCCACAGCCACCGCCGGGGCCAAAGCCGCCGCCGGGCCGGCCACCGCCGAGACCCCCCAGCGUGCCUCCACCGCGGCCCCCCAGCGGUCCCCCACCUGGGCCUCGGCCGCCCCCCAGACCGCCCCCAGGUGCAGGAUUUGAGGGGCCAGGAAUGAUGGGAGGCAUGGGGGGCAUGCCGAUGGGCUUUGGGCCGAUGGGCCCCAUGGGGCCGAUGGGGAUGAUGGGGGGUCCCAUGGGCAUGGGCAUGGGUGGCUCCAUGAUGGGCAUGGGCAUGCCGGGGGGUCCCAUGAUGGGAGGACCCAUGCUGGGGGGCCCCAUGAUGGGUGGGCCCAUGGGGGGCCAUCCCCCCAUGCCGCCCAUGAUGAUGGGCAUGGGACCUGAUGCCAUGAUGGGCAAUGGGCCGGGCUGGGGGCGCAGCAGGAAGCACAGCCUGGCAGAGCUGGGCAUCACAGAGGAGGAGUUUGAGGAGUACGCGGCCAAGAAGCCGACCGGUGGGGACUCGGACGUGGGCGCUGGCAGCCUGGCCAUGGGCAUGGACGUGGACCCUGCCAGCCAGCAACCCUCCACCAGCAACCGGCGGCCAAAUGGCAGCGGCUUUGCGGAGGCGGGCGGCUACAGAGGGCGGAGGAAUGGCGACAGCGGCUCUGAUGAUGAGCACGGCAGGGACCGGCAUAGAGACCGGAGUUGGAGGUUCAAGUCCCUCAGGUGGAUCAUUGCACAGAAUAAGGAUCGGCGGGUCGUGGCCAAGGACUACCCAAAGCCUGCGUUUGAGACUUCAGGACCUUUCCUAGAGGCUGCAAUCCUCUCAGCAAGGCUAAGAGAAGCUCCCAGACCCGAAAGGCCUCUGCGAAUAGCCAUUGCUGGAGCUGGUCUAGCUGGUCUCAGCACUGCCAAGUACCUGGCGGAUGCUGGCCACAUCCCCAUUCUCCUAGAGGCGAGGGAUGUGCUGGGAGGAAAGGUUGCUGCCUGGAAGGAUGAGGAUGGGGACACAUAUGAGACUGGUCUGCACAUUUUCUUUGGGGCAUACCCCAAUGUCCAGAACCUUUUUGCAGAACUGCAGAUCACUGACAGGUUGCAGUGGAAAGAGCACAGCAUGAUUUUUGCUUCCCGGGACAUCCCAGGCCAAUUCAGCAGAUUUGACUUCCCACCUUGGCUCCCUGCACCCUGGAACGGCAUUCUUGCCAUCUUGAGGAACAAUGACAUGCUGACCUGGCCGGAGAAGAUCCGCUUCGCCAUUGGCCUUUUGCCAGCAAUCAUUUUUGGCCAGAGGUAUGUGGAAGAGCAGGAUGACAAGACGGUCACAGAAUGGAUGGACAAACAGGGUGUGCCGAGGCGGGUCAAUGAUGAGGUGUUCAUUGCCAUGGCAAAGGCUCUUAACUUCAUCAACCCCGAUGAGCUCUCCAUGACAUGCAUAUUAAUCGCCCUCAACCGCUUCCUACAGGAGACACAUGGCAGCAAAAUGGCUUUCCUGGAUGGAGCCCCACCCGAGAGGCUCUGUCAGCCGAUGGUGGACUACUUCCGCGCGAAGGGUGGGGAAUUCCGCUACAACUCGCGGCUGCAGGAGUUUGUGCUGGGCGCAGACGGCCGCGUGGACGGUUUCCAGCUGUCUGACGGAUCCACUGUCAAGGCCGACCUCUACGUCUCCGCCAUGCCUGUGGACCCCCUGAAGCUGCUGCUCCCACAGCCCUGGAAGGAGAUGCCAUACUUCACCAAGAUGUCAGAACUGAAGGGCGUCCCAGUCAUCAACAUCCACAUCUGGUUUGACAGGAAGCUGUCAACAGUGGAUCACCUGCUCUUCAGCCGCUCCGAUCUGCUCUCUGUCUACGCUGACAUGUCCACUUGCUGCAAGGAGUAUGCAGAUGAAGAGAAGAGCAUGCUGGAACUGGUGUUUGCGCCGGCGGACAAGUGGAUUGGGCGCAGCGAUGAGGACAUCAUUGCAGCCACGAUGACAGAGCUGGAGCGCCUAUUCCCCACUGAGAUUGCGGCUGAUGAUAGCAAGGCGCGCAUCCGCAAGUACAAGGUCGUCAAGACCCCCCUCAGCGUGUACAAGACAGUGCCUGGCUGCGAGCUCCUGCGGCCGUCUCAGAGGAGUCCCAUCUCCAACUUCUACAUGGCAGGUGACUUCACAAAGCAGAGGUACCUUGCCAGCAUGGAGGGAGCUGUGUUCUCCGGCAAGUUGGCAGCACAGGCAAUUGUUGAGGACUGGAAUUCCAAGAAGAACCUGCCUCCCCCUGUGGAUGCUGAGACCCCACAGGCUGAGCCUGUCCUGCAGAAGGCUUGA